AUGGCUCCUGCAGUUGCUAAAUUCAUUGCCACCAGAAGUAUUGAUGAGGCUGCUACACUUGUCUGCUUAGAUGAUAUACCUGAUCUAGAGUACAGGGAUUAUGCCCAAAAGGUAGGUUAUCCAUUCCAACAACACAUGUGCUGUCAAAUAAGCCGAUUGCCAUAUAACAAAUCUCUUUUGAAACCUGGGCCAAUGUCCCUUUGUCAGAAGAGUUAGAGGCUUCCCUCAAAAUAAUGAGUAGUGUUUUUUUCUCCUUUUGGGUGACAUGUUUAUACAGAUUAUUUAUAUACACCCUGGCUGAUCAAGCUGUCACUGAAUCCCUGCAGGUGAAAAUUUGUUUGUUAGUACUUUCACUGCUUUUAGGUAUUAGAAGCAUCUAAGUCAGAGGAGUUGGUGGAGUUAUGUGAAAACCCAACUGUGCUUGGCUUGUUGGAUUCUGCUGGAUUUGUUGGACAGCAAUUGAGUUUGGAAAAUGCACAUGUAGCUGUCCAACAAAUCAUAAUGCACGAGGUGCUUAACAAACGAAGCGGUGAAAUGGCAGAUAUUGCGAGUGGUAUGGAAACACUAUCCCUGCAGAAGCUACUUUCUGCCUGUCCCGAUUUGGUAAAUGUUGUAUUUCCUUUAUCCAAAGCUUGA